UUCAGUAGACUCUCUUUAAUCUCUGUAAGGUCUUUCUAUCAGUACGUUUGUAGAGUAAAACUUGUUUCAACCAUGGCGUCGGUCGAUUCUGGUAUUUCUGCUCUUGUAUUUGAUUAUUUAUUAAAAAAAGAUGCAUCUUUGGCAAUGGUUUUCCAGAAAAAAACUCAUGCGUCUCCACUACCAAAAGGAACGCCUAAUUUACAGGACGUAUUCCAAUACUUUCAAAAAAAUUCACAAAAGAAAGUAACAAUAAAGGCACAAACAAAAGAUAGUUCUGAUUCAAGUUCUGAAAGUGAAGAUGAGGUACCAAAAAAAACAGUACAGGUAAAUGGUAAAGUUCCACCUAAAACGCCUGUAGUACAAAAAAAAGAAUCAUCUUCGGAAGAAGAAUCUUCAAGUGAAGAUGAAAAAUCAACGCCUAAAGUUGCUCAGAAAAUGCCAUCGAAUAAUACAACAACACCUAAGGUAGUUCCUAAAAAAGUAAACAAUGUUAAGAGUACGCCUGCGAAGAAAGAGGAUAGUUCAGAUGAAAGUACUACAGAAGAAGAUGAAGAAGAGCAACAAAAAGCAACACCAAAAUUACAAACGAUGGCAUCUGCUGUACCCAAAGUUACUAAGGCAGUAAAUAUUAAAAAAGCAUCCAGUAGUGAUUCUGAUGAUUCUGACUCUGAUGAAGAAGAAUCUAAAGUAAAACUUGCUACUAAAUCUGUAAAAUCUUUGCCAGCACAGCAACCAAAAAAGAAACAAGAAUCUUCCAGCGAUUCUAGUAGCGAUGAUGAUGAUGAAUCAAAUGCUACAGUAGUAAAGCAGUUGAUCCCAACACAGACACCAUUAAAAAAUAUUCCUACUAAAAAAACAAUGAAAAAAAAUGAGUCAGGAAAUGUAUCGAUCAAAGAAGAAUCCAAAUCAAAAACAACAUCUACGCCAAUUAAUAAGAGCAAUAUUUAUAAACAGGAAGAAUCCUCAAGUGAUGAAUCCGAUGAUGAUUCAGAUGCAAAUCAAACGCAAUCAGCUCCUAAAUCAGCUACGAAGCAAGUUCCUGUACAAAAAAUUGUUGCAUCUAAGAAAGGUGAAGCAGGAAAAACUAAUAAACAACUUAAAACUGAAAAAUCUCAUCAGCCUGAAUCAAUGCCAACAAAAAGAUCUGCUUCAUUAGCGGCAAAAGAAGCAUCAUCUUCAAGCGAUGAUAGUAGCGAAGAAGAACCAUCUGUGAAAAAAUCUGCUCCUGUUGUUAAACAACCACAAAAUGUAGGAGUUAAACAAAAAGAGGAGUCAUCUUCCAGCGAAGAAGAAAGUGAUGAAAAAACUGUUGUUCAAAAACCACCAGCAUUGACAAAGGGAGCUGCAAAGAAGGAAGAAUCUUCUAGCGAUGAUUCUGAUGAUUCAGAUAAUGAUGCAAAAGUAAAACCUCAGCAAGCAAUAACAUUAUCAGCAAAAACAACACCAAAAGAAGAAUCAUCAAGCGAUGACUCAGAUGACUCAGACGAAAAAUCUGCUGCACGUGUAAAACCUAAACCUGCAAAGGCAGUAACGAUUGCAGAGAGUAAAAAACAAGAAUCUGAAUCGGAUUCAGAUUCUUCUGAAGAGGAAGCCCCAAAAGCUGUGCCAAUUUCAACAACACCAAUUACUAAAAAGCCUAAUAAAUCGAGUGAAGAAAGUGAUUCCAGUGAGGAAGAAAAGCAAACUGUAAAAGAAUCAGAAGCAAAAGUUAAGACACCUGGUAAAGCUGAAAAAAGGAAAAAUACAGAGGAUCAGGACGAAGGUCUACCUACGAAAGUUUCUAAGAAUAACUAUGGCAAUUUUGUAAAAGCAAGUAAUAACUUUAACGGAAACAAGCAUCAAAGAAAUGUACCAUUUCGUCGAGUAAAGGACGAAGAUAUUGUAUUGGAUCCAAAAUUGGCUAACAAUUCCUUCGAAGCAAAGAAAGGCGCACGAGGUUCGUGGGGAGAAAAGGCAAAUUUGGAUUUGCGACACACAAGAGGAAAGUCUUUUAGACACGAGAAAACAAAGAAGAAGCGAGGUAGCUACUGUGGUGGUCACAUAGAUAAAAGCGUCAAUUCUAUUAAGUUUGAUGAUUAAUUGAUUUCAAUAAUUAAGUAAAGUAAUAUUUCACAUUGAUUACAUUUCUAUCAUAUUAAAGAGACUGCUCUAUUGGGUGGAUUAUUUUAAAUAGAGUAAUAUUAAUAUUAUCUGAAAGAACGCUUUUUACACCUAUAUUUUAUCAAGUAGCUUAUUUCGUUUUAUAAAUAAUAUUCAGCAUUCAUAGUUUUAAUAUUAGAUGACCAAGAUAUCUGUGUAUGUGUAAAAAUGUUCUGUUCGUUUUUACGUUAAAGGUGCAGUAUAGAGCUAUUUUCGUAUUCCGACUUAUAUAUUAUAUAUGUAUUAAUUAUGAUUACAAAUGAAAACUUUAGAGAAACAGAUUCAUUAUCUCUAGAAUAAAUAAGAACUCUAUUAUAAAAAAUAUAUUCAAUGUUUAAUUUAUCUCAUUUGAAUCGUUCAAAUUAAUUGUUGGUCUAAAAAAAACUGUCUGAUCAUUUAUAUAAACUGUUAACGUUAUACAUUGGAUGUCACAGAUUACUAUGCAGUAAUUCGUGAUUAAUAAUCGAUUGAAAUAGAAAUCAGUUUUUCUAGAAGAGAUAAUAUUAGGUGUGUUACAAUCAAAUUUCCAAAAUAUUCUUCAAUUACGUAAUACGUGUGACUUUCUAAGCAUGAAUCUUAUCAUAAGAAGCGCUGUUAGUUUUAAAGUAAGAUUAUAUGCGUUUAUACUUGUAUAAUACAUAUAUGUAUAGCAAUUAUUCAAUGAUAAAAAAAAGACUCGAUGAAAAA